AUGAAGGGUUCAGAGAUAAAAGCUUAUACCACUAGAUUUAAUGAUCUUGCAGUAAUGCGUCCCACACUUGUAACCCCUGAAUAUAAGAAAAUUGAGCGAUAUAUCUGGGGUUUAGCAUCGCAAAUUAAAGGCAUGGUGAUCGCAUCAAAUCCUAUGACUUAUGACAGCACCAAGAGGAUAGCUCAUCAACUAACCCUCAUAGAGAUCCAAGGAAUAGAAGUGGUCUCAAAGGCUGAGUCUCCCAAAUCUAGGACAAACAAGCGCAAGUUUAAUAGGAAAAAUCCCAAACAAUCAUCUGAGAAAAGACAAGAAGUGGCAACCAAUUAUGCAGCCACGACAACAGUACCUACGCAGCCAAAAUCUUCAUGGUGUAAUCAGUGCAACCGUCACCAUCCAGGUGACUAUUUUGUCUGCACGAAGUGCAAGAAAAAGGGGCAUACUGCUAGUUACUGUAGGAGCGCAACACCUGCAACAGUGAAUCAGGGAACAAAUAUUGGAGCAGGCCAUGGUGAAGGAAGAAAGUGCUAUGAGUGUGGGGAGGUUGGACACAUCAAGAAAGAAUGUCCAAAGUUAAAGAGUCAAGGAGGCAUAGGACGUGGUAGGGUGUUUAUGAUCGGAAGCAGAGAGGCUAUCUAG